ACAGGAAGUAGGAAAUGAAAGCCCGUUUGCCACGGGAGGUUAGAUGUCAGCUGAUCCUGAAGCACAGAAGUUCAUCUGCUGCUAUCCUGUUGUUGUGCCAUAUUUCACUCCUUUUUCACAUUUACAAGCAUCUUGAGUCUGCAUUAAAUAUUCGGAGCUUGAAGGCUAUAUCCUGACUCUCAUGUCCUUUGUGAACGGAGUUUGGCUAGCUGUCUAAUAGUGGUUGCUACACCUCAAGGAGGACAGUAUAUGAGGCAUUAAAAUUGUUUUUUUCCUAGUGGAAAAAAACAUAAAGUUGUAGAAAAAAUCACAGAGCCAUCUGGAAUUCCUAGAGGGACUUUCCAUGUAUGUGAUAACUAAACAGAAAGCUGGCAAUCAAACAGGCAAACAUCUGGUUUAAAGUUUCACUUUCAGUUUAGGGAUUCAAUAAAAGGGAACUGCAAUAAGUGCCUUUAUACCAGAAGACAAACUUACAGUGUCCAGAACAGUGCCUCCUAAACACAAUGGCAGAAGCUUCCGGAAAUUCUUUGCAUUCUGAGUACAUCAGAGACGUGAGCGGGGAUAAGCUGAAGAAGGCUGAGGAGGCCAGAGAUGCAGCAGUGCAGAUACUGACGGACGCUCUGGAGAAGGGCCUGUACGGAGACCCUGUCAGUUUCCACUACACCUGCUCCAAGCCCAUCGACUCCUACAAGUUCUUCUGCAUACCUACACAAGCUUUCCUGAGAGACCUGCUGCACACAAUGCAGAAAGUGGACUUCAAGGAGGACCAAAACCCAGACCCAGAAGAGAGUGAAACCGUUGCCUACGUUUACACCAAUGCCUUCACUGUGUACCUGUGCGAGAAAUUCUGGGGCGCCCCAGACCACCUCUGCUUCGACUCAAAACCGGGCACCCUCAUCCAUGAGGUCUCGCACCUGCUGGGAACAGAUGAUGUUGUGUAUGAGCGCAUGGAGGUGGAGCUGUACGAGGACCAUGGCACCCUGAUGGGGAGGUCCCAGUCCAUACUGGGCGAGGAUGAGAAGUUGCACUACCGAGAGGAUGUGACGCAGAUCAACGCCAACAGCCUGGAGUACGAGUUUGAGAUGGUGCUCAACCACAAGGGGGGUUACAUGGAGGGCAGGUACACCUGCUGUGGCGAAACGAAGGAACAUUCUGUCUGCAAAAGCCAAACCACUGGGCACGAAGUCGAGAUGGUGUGCAACCACAAGGAGGAUUACAGGGAGGGCAGGUACACCUGCUGUGGCAAGACAGAGAAAAAUUCCUUCUGCAGUAGGAAAUCCCCCGGGCGCGAGGUCGAGAUGGUGCGCAAACACGAGGGGGAUUACGUGGAGGGUUGGUACCCCUGCUGUGGCCAAACGAAGGAACAUCCCUUAUGCAGAAACCAAUCCACCGGGCAUUACGACUUACACAAGCGCUUCCCUUACCGCAAAGCGGAAAUGGAAAGAAGGCUGUGUGGACACAACUCAAGCCAACGCUCCGGAGAAGCGCCCCCUGCUGGAGUCCUAAAGUACGCUAAAAUUAAAAACCACGCCUGUAGGGUAACCUACGCUUGAUUUGCCAUGUUAUAGGGUGGCAAGGGG